AUCCUUUAUUUAAUCGUACGCACACCAUAUUUUUCACGAUCUUACGACUUUGUCAUUCUCUCAUACUCAAAACCAAAAAAAAAAAAAAAAAAAAAAUCAAUUUGGGAACUUUCUUGGAAACCAAUCAGAGAUUUUGAUUUUGUAUUUUGUUUUGCUUUGAUUCGAAUUGUUGAUUGUGUUUUGGUUGGUAAAUUUCGUGGAAAAAGUUCGGUUAUUUUGUCAAAACUGGAAUCGUCGGAGCGAUUAGGGUUUUCUUUAUUCAAAGAAGAUUGGAUUGGAUUGAUUGAUUGAUGUUGAUGAUGGCGGAGGAGAGUUCGAAUUUUGUGAUGGAUAAUAAGAGUUUGAGUGGUUUUGAGGAGUUUCAGUUUAAUGAAGAUGAUCCGGAAUAUGGGAGUAUGUCUAUUGAUUUGGAUACGUUGUUUGAUAUAAUUGAUGAGAAGGACGAUGAUGAUAAGGAGUUAUCUGAACUUUUACAGACUUGUUCAGAGGAUUCAUUAAAAAGUGCAUCGGGUGAAGCAGUUCUUGGUGCCAUUAACAAUGCAGAGAAUACUGAGCUAGAGACUGACUUAAUGUGUCCCGGUCCAGUGAACUCUUUGUAUAACUCAGGAGCUUCAAAUCGUAAUGUAGGGUUCUCAAGUGGUUCCUUGGGCUUGACGCCAUGUGAUGAUUUGUCAGGCAACAACAGGGUUCAAGGGUCUCCUGAGAAUACUAAUUCUGCAAGUAUAAAAGACUUGUUUUCUCUAGUUCCAGGUAACGGAACUUGCUUAACAGAGAGUGCUGGUUUUUCACUACCCACUUGCAGCACAACAUCUAGUUUUCCUCAAAGAGAUGCUGAAAGCAUUCCAGACUUUGGCAACAAUUUUGAUGAUGAUACUUCGCAGGAAGAAACUGAGACUCAAUUCAGGAAUACAGUACCUGAAAUCAAUCGCCAGUGUGUUUUUCCAUACCCUGGUCCUAAGAACAUUGGUGUAAAUUUGAGCAAGCAUGAUACAUAUGGAGAAAAUAUAGAUACAGUGGGAUCACCAGAAAAUAUGUUUUCUCGAGAAAAUACGAUGCAUUUGCAUGAUAUGUUUCCGCGAGACAUGAGUUCUAAUGAGUCUUCUAUCUGUCUAAGUGGUGAUAAUAUGAGUGGCUAUCAUCCAGCUUUUCAAUAUGAUAGUGGAAUAGAUGAUCAUCUCCUUCAUAGUUAUAGUUCUCAAAUUUUGACAACCAAUGAUGGGCUGAAGAAUAAUGUGAAGGAUGAGGAAUUUCAAACAGAAAGUGUAUGCUCAAGUACUAAACUGAAAUUGAAUGGUCAUUUGGGAAGAGUUGAGAAAUAUGGGACAGGGGUUGCAAUGAAUAAUUACUUGGAUGUUCCGGGAUGGAAUCAUCAAUAUGAAGCUAAAGCUAAUGAUUACAUUUCACCUAUGCAAAGCUCUUAUUAUGAUGUCAAUGGCUAUCAUAUUGAUGAGAAGUUACCAACACAGCCGUUCUCUUCUUCUCAAUCAUACAUUUACAGUGAAGAGAGAGUAAAAGAUGAGAAACCCGAACAUAUGCUUGUGCCUAGUAGAUCUAUAUGGCCUCCUGUUAAUAGGUUUGAUGAAGCUGUUAGCAGAGAGCAACCCUGCUCGUCAGACACCAAAAUGUUUUCCAAUGACUUUAACCCAUCAUUUUCUGUUUCCUCUUUGUCUACUCAGAAGGCUGAGCAACUAAUGGAUUUGAAAGAAGACAUGAUUUUUGCAUCUAGGAAACUCUGUCACCCUCCCAACUUUAUGAGCUCAGCAUCCCCUAAAAAUAUUGGAAAUUUCAGUUUAAAUGCCCCAGGACAAUAUAUGCCCUUUGGCCAACAUUUCACUCCAAGUUAUAAUCAAUCUUAUAAUGUGGGUUCUCAUGUUUCUAAGGUCAGUCCAGAAUCAAGUCAUAGUAAUUUUUCAGAGAAAUCUAUUGUGGAGGAUGAUUCUGAUAUAUGCAUUAUUGAAGAUAUAAGUCAUCCUGCUCCUCGUUCUGCUCCCUUAAAUCGGCCUGUAGCUUUUAAGAAUACCAUUGUUACUUCAAAUUAUUCUACAAGCGUUGACAAUCACGUGGGAGUUGGAGGAAGGGUCAAGGCAAAAGAUGAGCGUGUAAUCCUACGAUUAUUGCAGGAUCUUUCACAGCCAAAGACAGAAAUCAGUCCACCAGAUGGAUCUUUAACUGUUCCUCUUCUUCGUCAUCAGAGAAUUGCCUUGUCAUGGAUGGUUCAGAAGGAGACAGACAACACACAUUGUUCAGGGGGGAUUCUAGCAGAUGAUCAGGGGCUCGGGAAAACAGUAUCAACAAUUGCACUUAUACUUAAAGAGAGACCUCCAUCCCUCUGUCCUGUGAAACAAGAUGAGGUGGAACCCUUGAAUUUGGAUGAAGAUGAUGAUGUUAAUCGUGGAGUGAAACAAGAACCAAAAGCUCUUUCAUUAACGUCAAAUGAGUCUCCAUUGAGAAGCAAGAAGCCUUUGGUGAUUGCUAAGGGUAGACCAGCUGCUGGAACUCUUAUUGUUUGUCCUACAAGUGUUCUGCGGCAAUGGGAUGAUGAGUUGCGUAAUAAGGUAACCAGCAAAGCUAGUCUCUCUGUAUUGGUGUACCAUGGAAGCAACCGAACAAAAGAUCCCAAUGAGCUUGCUAAGUAUGAUGUUGUCCUCACUACGUAUUCAAUUGUGAGUAUGGAAGUACCAAAGCAACCUCGUGCUGAUGAAGAUGAUGAUGAGAAAGGGAAACCCAAAGCUCAUUCGUUGGCCGGACAGAAAAGGAAGAAUCCUCCUGGUUCUGAUAAAAGGCGUUCAGAUAAAAAGGGAUCGGACAAUGCAUUGCCCGAGUCUCUUGUGCGCCCUCUUGCAAAGGUGGGAUGGUUCAGGGUUGUCCUGGAUGAGGCCCAGAGCAUCAAGAAUCACAGAACUCAGGUAGCUAGGGCUUGUUGGGGUCUUCGUGCCAAACGGAGGUGGUGCUUGUCAGGGACUCCUAUUCAAAAUGCAAUUGAUGAUCUGUAUAGCUACUUCCGAUUUCUCAAAUAUGACCCUUAUGAUGCGUACAAAUUGUUCUGUCAGUAUAUUAAGAACCCAAUUAGUAAGAGUCCAACAAAUGGGUACAAAAAACUACAAACGGUCUUGAAGACAAUCAUGUUACGACGUACCAAAGGUACACUUCUUGAUGGUAAACCGAUCAUCAACUUACCACCCAAAUCUGUAGAAUUGAAAAAAGUGGAAUUUUCGCUGGAAGAACGUGAUUUUUACUCCAGAUUAGAGGCUGAUUCACGUGCCCAAUUUGAAGAGUAUGCGAAUGCUGGAACUGUAAAACAAAAUUAUGUCAACAUUUUGUUAAUGCUCUUGCGUCUUCGACAAGCGUGUGAUCAUCCCUCUCUUGUCAAGGGUGUUGACUCAAAUUCCCUCUGGAAUUCUUCAGCUGAGAUGGCUAGGAAACUACCGCGAGAGGAACAGGAGUAUCUUCUGAGAUGUUUGGAGGUUUCUUUGGCAAUUUGUCGCAUCUGCAAUGAUCCACCUGAAGAUGCAGUUGUUGCCAAGUGUGGACAUGUCUUUUGCAACCAAUGUCUUAGUGAACAACUUUCUGGUGAUGACACUGGGUGCCCUGUUACAAACUGUAAAGCUCGGCUUAAUGCCUCUUCAGUGUUUUCCAAAGCUGCAUUAGACAGCUGCGUCAACGAUCAGUCUCGUGUAGAUAAUUUAGCUGGUUGUUCUCGUUCAGAAGUUGUUCAAACAGGAGAGUCCUGUAAUGACGGUCCUCUGUAUAAUUCUUCCAAGAUUAAGGCUGCUCUUGACGUCCUAAAGUCGUUGUGUGGACAACAGGAUAGUUCCCCACAACUUAGUUCCACACCGAAUAGUUCCCCACAAAAUGGUUCUUCUUCACCGGGUAUUUCACCACAAAUUGGUUUAACACUGGAUAGUUCCCCACUUAAUGGUUCUGCACAGAAUACCUUAGAUGGAAAUGUCAGCUCGGUUGAGAACUCAAUAGAUACUUGUGCAGCUGAACCGCCAAAGGUUAUUGCUGAUAUCCAAAGCUCAGAUGCGGCCGAUAAAGGGUGUAGUACCGCGAUUAAGGUUGCUGGAGAGAAAGCAAUUGUAUUUUCCCAGUGGACGAGGAUGCUUGAUUUACUUGAAGCAUGUCUAAAAGAUUCAUCAAUCAAGUACAGAAGGCUAGAUGGAACGAUGUCAGUAACAGCCAGAGAUAAAGCUGUCAAGGAUUUUAACACCAUGCCCGAGGUCACUGUUAUGAUCAUGUCUUUGAAAGCAGCCAGUCUUGGUCUCAACAUGGUUGCUGCUUGCCAUGUCUUGCUUCUCGAUCUGUGGUGGAAUCCUACCACUGAAGAUCAGGCAAUUGAUAGAGCACAUCGAAUUGGCCAGACUCGUCCUGUUACAGUUUUGCGAUUAACUGUGAGAGAUACAGUGGAAGAUCGGAUCUUGGAUCUACAGCAAAAGAAGAGAGAGAUGGUUGCUUCUGCAUUCGGAGAAGAUGAAAACGGUGGUCGUCAAUCUCGCCUAACUGUAGAAGAUCUGAAAUAUCUGUUCAUGAUGUGAUUAGGAGGAAUGAAUGUGUUGUUCUUCGUACAGGUUUCGACAGAUAUUAUUUUGCUAACAGAGAGGUAAUUAGCAGUUAGUUUUUCAUUAAACCCCUGACUCAAAUAGAUUGAUUGAAAAGGACCAAAGGAAGUAGAAGAAGAUGAAGAAGAAGAGGUUCUACUAUUACUACUACUGACAAAACAAGCAACGAAGAUUAUUAUGUUCAUAGUUCUUAUACAUGAUCCCAUUUUAUUUUUGAUUUUUUUUACUCUCUAUUGAAAUUGUUCCACUUCCUUAUUUUCUCCAAAUCACAAUGUAUAGGAUGUGGGGGGGAGUCAAUUGCUUGAGGUUUAACCUAAAGAUACAAAGUGGUCAUAAUUUUUGUUAGUCCAUUUUUUGUUUACAUGUAAAUGAUAGAUUGCCCACCAUUUGAAGAUGUGUCUCUUAUUCCA